AUCAAGUUAAACAAUUCUGAGGUUUAAAGAAACACUGAGAGAGUAAGAGAGAAGAGAGAAGGGUUGUUGUUGCAUAUCCUUGAUGGGUAAUAACAGGUUCAGAUUGUCUGAUAUGAUGCCAAAUGCAUGGUUCUAUAAGCUCAAAGAUAUGAGCAAAUCAAGGAAGAAAAAUGGCACUCAUGUUAUGAAGAACAAAGUUACCUCACCAACAACCUCCCAAAGGUCACAACAACCAAGAUACUCUCAUUGUUUCUCCAUUGAACCAAACAUAGCUGGUAAGUUAUACAACUCUCCUAUUUACACUAAGCACUCAGACAACAUAUUCAUUGAUUCACCAAGAAGAUCAUCUAAAAGAAGAACCAAGAGAAAAACCAUUUACAAGCCUUCUCCCACAGUUGUCUCUUCACCAGUCAUAGAAAGUUUUAGUUUUAGUUCUCGUUCCACAAAUUGGAUUAAGCCAAAUCCACCUCAGUCUUCUUCUGACUACUAUCUCUCCUCCUCUGAUACUUCUUAUGAAUCAAACUUCCAUGAAUAUGUUUCAUCUGAGUCUGAGUGUGACAAGUUCACUAUUCCUGACCUGCUUAAUGGAGUAGCCUCUGAAUGCAGUUGCAGAGUCAGCUCUUCCACCAAUGACAUCAUCAUUGACAUGAAAAAUGAACCAUUCACUGCAAAUUCUGAAAACCUUGAUGGGUUUGACACAAUUUCACAAUUAGGCCUUCCUCCGAUAUUGACAAAGCCAGUGAAGUUUGAUGAUAAGGUCAUUGAAGCCAUUGAGCUGAGAAGAUCAGCUAAAUUUGAUGAGGUAAAUUCUCAUCAAUCUCAAGCUGUUAAAGUUAGCAAAGAGGAAAGCAGUAGAAGUAAGAGAGACAGAAAAACCAGUCCAGUAUCUAGAAUUUCCUCUGCUAGUUCUACUGGUAUAAGACUUAGAGUCAAUUCUCCAAAACUGGCAAGCAAGAAAGUUCAAGCCUAUGCAAGAAGGAGUGUUUCAUCCAAAGCAGGUAAGACCUCAGUGGAUACAGGAUUUCCAGAGGGAUUUGCAGUUGUUAAGUCCUCACUUGAUCCACAAAGAGACUUCAGGGAAUCGAUGGUGGAGAUGAUAGUGGAGAACAAUAUCCGAGCAUCAAAAGAUUUGGAGAACUUGCUUGCAUGCUAUCUUUCACUGAAUUCAAGGGAAUACCAUGAUCUCAUUGUCAAAGCAUUUGAGCAAAUUUGGUAUGACAUGGCUCUACUUGGAAUGUAAAGAUUUUAGAAUUAUCCAAUGCAUGUGUAUAGUCUUGUAAGUAACACUUCUCUGGACCAACUUUUGUUCUCAACUCUCAUAUAAUGCUGUAACAAUCUUUCACAAAUUAAAAAAAAUAAAGUAGUUGCCAAAGGAAUCUGAGUUCAAGAGUGAGCUAUAUCAGCUCAAUUCAGAACUAGUUUAUGGAUGAAUUGUGAUUGAUAGCAUCAUAAAAGCACCAGUAUGUGAUGUGAUCCAUUCUCUACCGAGCAACAAUCUGCUAACAAAAAUAAAU